UUUCUACCGUUGCAUUGUUCAAUUCCUUUUCUCUUACAAUCUUCUGACUCUAUUCCAUCAUGUCCAACAAGAUCUGGUUGCGUGCCGAGACCAAGCCGGCUGAGGCCCGCUCUGCCUUGACUCCCACCACCACCAAGGCUCUGAUUGAUGCCGGUUACCAGGUCACCGUGGAGCGCUCUACUCAGCGCAUCUUUGAUGACCAGGAAUUCGCCGACGUGGGAGCCCCUCUGGUCGAGGAAGGUUCGUGGGUCAAGGAUGCCCCCAAGGACGCCUACGUUUUGGGUCUGAAGGAGCUGCCCGAGGACGACUUCCCCCUCGAGCAUGUCCACAUCUCGUUUGCGCAUUGCUACAAGCAGCAGGGUGGCUGGGAGAAGGUCCUCAGCCGGUGGCCCCGUGGCGGUGGUACUCUCCUCGAUCUGGAGUUCCUGACGGAUGACGCCGGACGCCGCGUUGCUGCUUUCGGCUGGUCCGCUGGCUAUGCGGGCGCCGCUCUCGCCGUGAAGAACUGGGCGUGGCAGCUGACGCACCCCGAGAAUGAGUCUCUGCCCGGGGAGACGCCCUAUGCCAACCAGGACCUGCUGAUUGAGUCGGUCAAGGAGACGGUUGAAGCCGGCAAGAAGGCCGCCGGCCGUCUUCCCAAGGUUUUGGUCAUUGGAGCGCUGGGCCGCUGCGGCAACGGUGCCGUCCAAUUGGCCAAGGACGUCGGAAUUCCCGAGUCCAACAUCAUGCAGUGGGAUAUGGCCGAGACCAAGAAGGGUGGUCCCUUCAAGGAGAUUAUUGAAGAGGCCGACAUCUUCAUCAACUGCAUCUACCUGUCGGCGAAGAUCCCUCCCUUCGUCGAUGCCACCUCCCUCUCCUCGCCGAACCGUACCCUGUCGGUCAUCUGUGACGUGAGCGCCGAUACUACCAACCCCAACAACCCCGUCCCCGUCUACACCAUCACGACCACCUUCGACAAGCCCACCGUGCCGGUCAUCCUGCCCGCGGGCACCCAGGGUCCCACGCUCAGCGUCAUCAGCAUUGACCAUCUGCCCUCGCUCCUCCCCCGGGAGAGCUCCGAGAUGUUCAGCGAGGCCUUGAUGCCCAGCCUUUUGCAGCUGAAGGACCGCCAGAACGCCCGCGUGUGGAAGCAGGCCGAGGAUCUGUUCAAGGAGAAGGUGGCCACGCUGCCCGAGGGUAUGCUCUCGUAGAUGAUUUGUGUUAUAGUGGAUAUACAGGAAUAGAGAGCUAAAAGUCUGGCAUGAUUGGCCUCGA